AGACGGGUAUUGAAACUUCCCGGCUAAAACAUGACUACGACAAAGGGCAUUGUAGUCUUUCUAUUUCAAUUACCAAGUUUAAAAGCGUCUUGUAUCAUCUCUUUCGCGUUCCUUGAAAGCGUCGAAGAAUUUUGAAACCAUGGUUGUCCCAGACAAGGAUGCUAUAGAGGAAGUUAUUCAGGCAUGGUACAUGGAUAAUAGCAAUGAAGACCAAAGACUUCCCCAUCACAAGGAUCCUAAGGAAUUUGUGUCCCUGGACCAACUUUCUGAACUUGGAGUACUCAGCUGGCGAUUAGAUGCAGAUAACUAUGAAACUGAUGAGGAACUGAAGAAGAUUCGUGAAGAGCGUGGAUAUUCUUACAUGGACUUUUGUGAGGUUUGCCCAGAAAAGCUGCCAAAUUAUGAAGAGAAGAUAAAAAAUUUCUUUGAAGAACAUCUUCACACUGAUGAAGAGAUACGCUACUGUGUAGCAGGAAGUGGUUACUUUGAUAUCAGGGACUGUAAUGAUAAAUGGAUUCGUGUAUGGGUAAAGAAAGGGGGAUUGAUUGUUUUACCUGCUGGCUGUUAUCACCGCUUUACAUUGGAUACGGACAACUAUAUUAAGGCAAUGCGUCUGUUUGUGGGUGAUCCUGUUUGGACUCCAUAUAAUCGUCCCCACGAUCAUCUUCCUGCAAGGAAAGAAUAUGUCCAAGGUUUCUUGCAGAAAGAAGAUGGAGACCAUCCAAUUAAUGCCACCGCAUGAAUUCACAUUCACUGCUAAAUUACAGUAAAAGUAAUAUCACUGGUAAAUAAAGAGCCAACUCUUUGUGUGCUCUGUUGUGCUUUGUAUGGCUCCCCUGGUUUGCUUCUAUUGUUUGUUUUGCUUGUGUACCAUACUCUUGCUUGGCCAUAGCCGGUAUAAACCUGAUACAAGUACCGUGUUAGUUUCCUUGCAUGGAUGACAUCUAAUAUGAUAAUAGGUUGACAUAUUGAACAUAAA